AUGGGGCCCCCGGGCGGUCGCGGCAGCUCCAGCGCCCGCGGCAGCCUGCAGCACUUACUCCUCUUCCUGCUCUUCGUUGGGCCUUUCAACUGCUUUGCCAGUUACAGCCGCGCCACUGAGCUCUUUUACAGCCUCAACGAGGGGCUGCCUGCUGGGGUGCUCAUCGGCAGUCUGGCCCGUGACCUGCGACUCCCAAUGGCUGGUGGCCAGCAUGCUGCUUCUCUGCAGCCCCCACUCUCCUUCACCUUGGCUUCCCAUGGCUUGGGGGGACAGUAUGUGCAGCUGGACAACCGCUCCGGAGAGCUGCACACCUCAGCUGUGGAGAUAGACCGGGAAGCACUAUGCGUGGAAAGCAGUGGGGCCACCAUCUUCGGGGGAUCAGCUGCUGUCUCCUCGUCCUCCCCAUCACCAGAGUCAUGCCUACUGCUGCUGGAUGUGCUGGUACUGCCACAGGAGUACUUUCGCCUGGUGAAGGUAAAAAUUGCUAUCCGUGAUGUCAAUGACAAUGCACCCCGCUUCCCUGUGCCCCACAUCCAUCUCUCGGUGCCUGAGAAUGCACCUGUGAACACGCGCCUGGCGAUUGAGCACCCCGCCCUUGACCCUGACAUGGGCACCAACGGUGUCCAGACCUACCGCCUGCGAGAUAACUAUGGUGUCUUCACCCUGGAUGUGGAGGAGAAUGAGAAUGGGGAGAGGACUCCCUACCUGAUUGUUAUGGGGCCACUGGACAGGGAGACGCAGGAUGAGUAUGUCACGGUCAUUGUCGCUGAGGAUGGGGGGACUCCUCCACUCAUGGGCAGUGCCACCCUCACUAUUGGUAUCAGCGACAUCAAUGACAACUGCCCCCAGUUCAAUGACUCACAGCUCAAUGUCACCCUUUAUGGGAAUACCAGCCUAGGGACACACGUGGCUACUGUCCACGCGGUGGACAUGGACCUUGGAUCCAAUGCCCAGAUCACCUACUCCUACAGCCAGAAGGUCCCCCAGCCAUCUAGGGACUUGUUCCACCUGAAUGAAAGCACAGGAACCAUCACACUCUUCACUAAAGUGGGUGGGGACACUCCAAAGCUACACAGGCUGAUCAUACUGGGCAACGGUCCUGGCUGUAUUCCUGCCGUGAUCACGGUGCUGGUGACCAUCAUCAAAGUCAUGAUGAGGCCGCCUGAAGUUGUUCCUCGUUUCAUAGCUAAUGAAGUGGAGGGGGUGGUCUACUUAAAGGAGCUAGAGCCUAUCAACACACCUAUAGCAUUUUUUACCAUCAAAGACCCCGAUGAAAAGUACAAAGUCAGUUGCUAUUUGGAUGGUGAUGGGCCUUUCAGACUUUCACCGUACAAGCCAUACACCAAUGAAUAUCUGUUGGAGACCACAAGGCCUUUGGACUUUGAGACACAGCAGCUGUAUGAAAUCUCUGUAGUUGCAUGGAACUCGGAAGGAUUUCAUGUCAAGAAAGUCGUCAAAGUACAGGUUCUGGAUGACAAUGACAAUUCACCAGUUUUCUCCGAAGAACUGAUAGAAUUGUCCAUCGAAGAGAACAAUGUUCCCAAUGCUUUUUUGACCAAACUGCAUGCUACUGAUGCUGACAGUGGAGAAAGAGGGCAAGUGUCCUAUUUCUUAGGUCCUGAUGCCCCUUCCUAUUUUGCUUUAGAUAAAACCACAGGAGUUCUUACAGUUUCCACCCAACUGGACAGAGAAGAAAAAGAGAAAUACAGAUACACUGUCAAAGCAGUAGAUUCUGGAUUCCCUCCAAGAGAAUCAAUAGCAACUGUCACCAUCACUGUAUUGGAUAAAAAUGAUAACAGUCCAAGAUUUAUCAAUAAGGAUUUCAGCUUUUUUGUGCCAGAAAACUUUCCAGGUUUUGGUGAAAUUGGAGUUAUAAGUGUCACAGAUGCUGAUGCAGGGCAAAAUGGAUGGGUUGCCCUUUCAGUUCUGAAUGGAAGUGAUAUUUUUGUUAUAGAUACUGGAAAAGGAGUUUUGAGAGCUAAAAUCUCCCUGGACAGGGAGCAGCAAAGCUCCUACGUUCUGUGGAUUGAAGCAGUUGAUGGUGGUGAUCCUGCCCUGUCUUCUACAGCAAAAAUAACUAUCCUUCUUCUGGACAUAAAUGACAACCCUCCUUUGGUCUUGUUUCCUCAGUCUAAUAUGUCUUACCUGUUAGUCCUUCCUUCUACCCUUCCUGGCUCUCCCAUCACUGAGGUCUAUGCUGUUGAUAAGGACACCGGCAUGAAUGCAGUCAUAGCUUACAGUAUCAUAGGAAGAAGAGGCCCUCGACCCGAGUCAUUUAGGAUUGACCCCAAAACUGGUAAUAUCACCUUGGAAGAGUCACUGAUGCAAAAUGACUAUGGCCUCUAUCGGCUGCUUGUAAAAGUUAGUGAUCACGGCUACCCAGAACCUCUCCAUUCCACGGUCAUGGUUAACCUUUUUGUCAACGAUACCGUCAGCAAUGAGAGCUACAUCGAAAGUUUGUUAAGGAAGGAGCCUGAUAUCAGUGUAGAAGAAAAGCAGCCACAAAUAUCCAUAGAGCCUACACAUAAAAAAAUGGAGUCAGCAUCCUGCAUGCCUACCUUGGUAGCUCUUUCAAUAAUAAGCUUGGGUUCAAUUGCUUUAGUGACAGGGAUGGGAAUUUACAUUUGUCUAAGAAAAGGGAAAAAGCAUCACAGAGCAGAUGAAAACUUGGAAGUACAAAUCCCAUUAAAUGGAAGAAUUAACCUGCACAUGUUGGAGAAGAAACCAAUGGAGAUUUCUAACAUUUGA